AUGAACGUACACAAGCUCUGGGAAUAUAAGGAAUAUGUGAACGUGAAUGGAUUUAUGUUAACAAAUGAGCUGAUAUCGUUAUUACAAAAUUCCCUUACAGUGUUGCAAGUCGAGAACCAUUUCUCUCACAUUCAAUACUGGGGAAAAAUUUAUGCAGUCGACGCUGAUUAUCAUAUUGCCGUUGGUAUUAAUAAGGAUGCCAUAGAUGACCGCAAGUAUUAUUAUUCAACAGACUUUAAAUUUUGGGGUUUGUUACCGAGAGCCAAGAAAAAAUACAAGCAUCUCGCCCUUCUGACGUCGUUUCCUUUUAGAGGCGAUCCUUCCUUGAAAAUUAAAGUUCUUGACGAAGCAUUGGAGGAACACAACCCUGAUAGAUGCCAAUUCAUGCAAGAGGAAAAAAGACUAGCGGCUACUAUAAGCAAUAUCUGUGAUGAAGCUGAAAUAUGCGCACGUGGACAGUUGAUUAAGCAACCAGAUGGAACGGUGGUUAUAAACCCAAAUUUUUAUGGAUUGACAAGUGCGGAAGCGAAAUUGUUGAAAUCUUAUCUACAUAUUCGACCAGCGCAACAACGCUGGAAUUCUAACUUGCUAACAAGACAAGAUUACAACUACAGUAUGGAUUUUCUUGACUCAAUCGACCAAGAUAUACCAAACGGUUGUUGGAACCUGUCUUUAGAACAGUGCGGCAGUGUUGCGUACUUAAAAAGUUUGUACUGGCCGGGAAUGUCUUAUUUUCAUAAAAUAAAAACUCCAGAUGCUGGUUUCUUAUACGUUGGAAAUGGAAAGAAGAAUUUAGAUGUGCCUUUUCUGCUUUGAAAUUUUGAGUACCGGUUUAAGUAGUUUUUUUCACAUUCUUUAAAUAAAACAGAAAACAGCGUAUUAGCACUUA